AUGACCUCUUUGCCGUCGAGUGUGCUUCACAUUCGCGUUGAUGAAUAUUAUGUUGCGGCUUGGGCUGGAGCGCUCGCACCGGUUGUUCAUCUCGCAUGCAACAGGCAUGAACCCAACAUUCUCCUCGCCAUCGCUUCCCUGUUUUUCUCCAUACUCUGCCUCUUCGCAGCCCUAAUCUACGCAGGUCAAUCAUUCUGGUACUCCCUUCUCCUGACCAACGUUGCUUCAACAUCCUUUGCAAUCACACUCUUCACCUCCAUUUCCAUCUACCGCCUCUUCCUUUCUCCCCUCUGCAACUUUCCAGGUCCGAACUUGGCUGCAAUAUCCAAGUUAUGGUAUAUCUAUCAUUCGGUUGGAGGUGGCAUGCCGAAGGUCGUACGUGAGUUGCAUGAGAAGUACGGCGAUAUCGUGCGGAUUGGGCCAGACGAAUUGAGCGUUCGUUCAAUGGAUGCGGUGGAAGUCAUUCUUGGCUCGAAGGGCAGGAUGAACAAGGGAUCAUGGUAUGAUGCGAUGUGGGCGGACAAAGGUGGACGCUCCGUACAUGCAUUGAAAAGCGUUGAUGAGCACGCGCAGAGGAGAAAGAUCUGGGACAAAGCUAUGUCUGGAUCUGCUGUGAAGGAAUAUGUGGUUUUUCUCAAGGACUGUCUGACACGUCUUUGUCAUCGACUGCAAGAGGAUUACAAGAGCAAUCCCGUUCAGGAUGUGAGACGUGUGAUGAAUCAUCUCAUAUUCGACAUUAUCGGAGAGAUUACUUGCUCUCGGUCAUUUGGCAUGAUCGAGAACGGCGAAGACCACACAUACAUUGAUUUCAUCGAAAGGGGUAUGCGUGCAUUAACCUGUAUCGCCGAAAUCCCGUGGAUUAUUCCUUUGUUGACCCUCCUCCCUGUGGUCAAAGCGCAAACCGAAGCAGAGGAAUUUUCGAUGAAAGCGACGAUGGAUCGCUACAAGAAGGGCUGGUCACGCCCGGAUUUAUUCUCGUACUUUGUUCAAGACGAUGGGCAGCUUCAACCGGGGAUGACAAUGAAGGAUCUCGAUGCUGAUGUUCGUGCUGCAAUUAUGGCAGGAUCUGAUACCUCCGCAACGACGCUGACGUUUAUCUUCGAGUUCCUCUCUCAACAUCCGAAGUGGACACGACAACUUCGAGAAGAAGUCGAUGCAAGACACCUGGGUGAUGGAGACUUCGACCUCGACAAUGCUCCGAUCCUCGAUGCUAUCGUAAACGAGACACUUCGGGUCCGACCCACUGUUCCAGCACGCUCACAGCGUGUUGUCCCUGCAGGAGGCAUCUCUAUCUCUGGCCAUUACAUUCCCGGUGGUACCCUCAUCGGCAUUCCUCCCCCACUCAUCAUGCAAGACCCACGUAACUUCUCUCCAGACCCAACCAUCUGGAGACCCCAACGAUGGCUACAACCCGAAAAAGAAGAAACAUUUCGUCGUUCGGCGUUCAUCCCUUUCUCCUACGGACCGUUCAACUGUUCUGGGAAGGCGCUUGGUUUAUUGGUGGUGAGAUAUUCGGUCGCGAGGCUCGUGCACGAGUUCGAUGUGAGCGCUGCGCAGGAGCAUGACAGUAAGGUCUUCGAGAGGUCGAUCAAAGAGUAUCUUUCGGUGCAGAAGGGGCCGUUUUGGGCGGUUGUGAGGCCGAGGAAUGUCAACUAA